AUGCAACUAGCGUUUCUGGACUUUGAAGCCGCGUUCGACUCUCCUCACCGAGGCCGUCUUUUCAACGCGCUUCACGCCGAUGGAGUACCUGGAGCCGGAUGUACAACACCGUUUGAUGUGGUAACUGGAGUAAGACAACGGGCGGUAGCAGGACCCUUCCUGUUCACUUUAGCCAUCGACGACAUUAUGCUAAGAACAGUCGACCAGCGUUCUGCCGACAUUGUCUUAGCACCAUCAGGCAGUACGAAACUUCAACAUGUUGUCAACCUUGUAUCGAAGCUGGCUGCAGCCUAUGGACUACGUCUACGCCCUGAUAAAUGCAAGCAGAUGUGGAUCUCUUCGAGACCUCGAACGGGAAUCAGGGUGGACGGACAACCGAUAGAACUCGUCGAUGAGUUCUGUUACUUGGGUUGUAUGCUGAAGAACAACGGCAGCUACGAGAGAGAUGUUCAGCAAAGAUGCGCUAAGGCCACUUCUGCAUUUAACUCCUUAACGAAAUGUCUGUGGUUGGCCCCCAUAACUAACGAAAUCAAGCUGCGAGUCUGCCUAUCCGCAAUUCGCCCCAUCAUGAUAGUAUGCCACAAUGAAGACCUUUACGCAGAAAUUGAUGUGGUAUACCGGCAGAUGACACUUGAAAACCAUCAACAUCUUGCACCACAAUCGAAAGUGGCUAAAGAUUCUAAGGAUUCGGGUUCAAGCUGGAAAACGCCACUUGGUCGAAAUAGGAAGUUCUGGGCUGAGGUGGUGAAAGAGGACCUGAAAGAUCGAGAAGGUUGGGCAGAGCUGUGUUCAAGGACGCCACACCUCGGCGAAGACGCGUCAGGCGAUGACAUCAGCACGCCGAUUAAGUCAAAUUCAAAACCGCAGGAAAUGAAGUGGUCUUUCAUUCUUUGCUUCAUCGCUUUGAUCUGCGCAGGAGUCCUUGAGACUGUUGCUGGGGAUUCGAUAAACAGACCUUGGAUGGGCGGUUUCCCCACAGAUUCACCAGCACCACAGUAA